AUGGAAAUGCAUCUGUACAAGCGUGCCCAUGGCGUCAACUAUGGGUAUGAAGCAUCGACGAGCAACGUUCAUUUUUCAUCUACCCUGGAUUAUGUAUGGUUUCAUGCACCGACAAAUAUGAGAAACUUUUGCCCAACGUGGAAACGCUAUGCCGAAUCCACAGGGGCUGAGGGCGCUGUGGUUAUCACCAUAGCUAAUGCAGUCUGGGAGAGUUCGGUAACUCAAGGUAUGUGGCCACAGAUUUUGGCCUUGAUCGGCGCAAUUGGUGGCUAUUUGUCGCUUAUGAUCUGCAUUUUCUCACUUAUUUGGGUUCGGCAAUAUCCCUACCACGAGGUUACCAACAUGUACGAGGCACGCACACUGCUUGGCUACGCAGAGACUGAGCAGGACGACGAACAGGAAAGAGGUCUGGCAGUGAAUGCUGAGCAUCCAGCAGCAAGGCUACCACCGUCAAGUCAAGCACGCGAAACUCCCAUUGGCAUGACGCAAGCGCAGCGCCAGAAAAUGCCGGUGCUGCCUCCAGGUAUAUACAGCCGAACAGAGUAG